CAUCGCCAUCUUCACCCCUUCACUCCCAUCACAGCCCAUCCACCAUGUCUGUUCAGUUCAAGAACCCUGCCACCACCGCCCUCCUGGAGGCGGCCAAGGCCCGUCGCUCCAUCUACACCCUCAAGGCCGAGAGCCCCAUCUCCGACGAGUCCAUCGAGCACCUCGUCCAGCAGGCCGUCCUCCACACCCCCAGCUCCUUCAACACCCAGACCGGCCGUGUCGUGCUGCUGCUGAAGGAGGAGCACCAGAAGCUGUGGGAUCUUGCCAUCAGCGCCCUCGAGGGUCUGGUUGCCGCCGGCAAGGUCCCCAAGGAGACCUUUGAGAACCAGACCAAGCCGAAGCUGAACGCUUUCCGCAACAGCUACGGAACUGUUCUCUUCUUCGUCGACUACGACGCCCUGGACCCUAUCAAGGAGAAGUUCGCCAUCUACGCUGACAACUUCAACCCCUGGGCUCUUGAGUCCAACGCCAUGGCCCAGUACCUUGUCUGGACCGCCCUGGAAUCGGAGGGCUUCGGCGCCAAUCUCCAGCACUACAGCCCCCUGAUUGACGAGCAGAUCGCCAAGCAGUGGAACCUCCCUGCGAACUGGAAGCUCGAUGCUCAGCUGGUCUUCGGUACUCCUACGGCUCAGGCGGGCGAGAAGACCUUCUUGCCCCUGGAGGAGCGCUUCAAGGUCUUUGGCAAGUAGAUGCUGUUGGCUUGGGCUGUCCUGCGGCUGUUUAGCGGUACAUGUGCAUUAUAGAUGAUACCUAGAAUUGAUUUUAUUGUCUGG